CAUUUACUUAUUAAGUAAAAUUAAACAUCUAUUAAAAUGUCCACCAUAUCUGUCUGGAUCUUGUUAUUUUUAUCAUACGGAGUAAAUGCAUUCAAAGUAUCCUUUUUUGGUGAUAGCUAUAUAAGUAUGCCAUUGCAAGAAGCAAAGCUUUCCACAAAUAUUCGUUUAAAGUUUAAAACAAGGCAGAAUGAUGGGUUAAUUUUUGCGACAUCAGGUCGGGUUGACUCAUGUGUUAUACAAAUGUUUACCGGAACACUGAAAUUAAGUAUGAACAUUGGAAACAAUCCUGUAGAGUUGUACUCACCACCAGAAUAUUAUCUGAAUGAUGGUCAAUGGCACGAUGUUUCUUUAGUUCGAUAUGAAACCAACAUAACAUUUCAAAUUGAUAAUCAUUUUGUUCGACAUUUUAUUCCUCCAGAAGUUGGAAAACUUAAUAUUCAUUUUGGAAUUUAUAUAGGAGGACUAGGGGACUUUUCAAUUACGUCUGUCAAGGACAAUUCUUACUUUCGUGGAUGCAUAUCAGAUGUAUACUAUAAUAACAUAAGUAUUUUAAAACGAGCAAAAGAUAAUGUUGCUCAUAUUACAACAAGACAUAUUUCUUGGAUAUGUGAAGAAGAAUUCGACGCCACUGAAAAUGAUUCAAUAUCAUUUAUGGAUAAAGAUUCUUACUCUUUAAUGAGCUAUCAUAAAUAUUUGGAAAGCUGUCAUUUGGAAUUUAAAACAUCUCAAUCGAAAGCUCCUCUGAUGAUGGCAAUAAACGGACCAAAUAUUUUAUUACUUGAAAUAACUAAUGGAAUAGUAAAAUUGACUUUUAAGAACAGUAGCUACCAUAUAGAUAUUUUUACAGAUACAUUAGUAUCCGAUGGGAUGUGGCAUCACUUGGAAUUGAAACAGAACGAAAUUUUUAUAGAUAACAAAAUUUAUUACACAAAUAAAACUUUCAUCCUCAACGAAAAGUUGGUCAAUUGGUAUAUUGGUGGUAUACCAAAAGGGAUUUUAAAAAAGACAAAAGCACUGAAAGACACAACAGACGAUUAUGCUUUGAAAGGUUGCAUUCGAAACAUUUUUUUUAAUAAUGUACAAAAAGGAUUUCCUAAUUUCCAUGUUACAAAAAAUAUAAAAUCAAAUUGCAUUUGGGAAUAUCCUUGCUUAUCAAAAAAGCCUUGCAUUUUGAGUGGUAAAUGUAUUCAAAAAUUUACAUCAAAGUUUGCCUGUCAGUGUGAUCAACUAUACUGUAUUCGAGCUGAUUUUAAGGAACCGUAUUCUCUUUUUUCAUCUGUUGAAGAAACUUUGCAAGUGAAUCCGGUAUCUUUGUCAGAAGACGAAUCUAUAUAUUUGACUGAUGCAAAUAUAGCAGUUCAGUUUAACUAUGAACAUUAUGGAAUUUCGGAGCAUUCAAUUUAUUUUACUGCUGUCCAACUCCCUAAACAUGGCACUUUGGUAAAAAUGAGUGGAACGUUAAGAGAACAUAGUACUAAAAAUUUUAGCUACUAUGAUAUUUUGCAAACAAAUAUUAAAUACAUUCAUAACGGAAAGGAAGAUCAUAUGGAUCAAAUGACACUUGAUAUGACUUAUCAACAUAAUUUACUACCCGAAUCCCAACGUUUUAUUUUGCAUUUUAAUAUCACACCUGUAAAUGAUCCUCCUCAACUUAGUUUUGUUAAAAACACAGUUUUUAGAUUAGUAGAAAAUAUUGCCGAGUUGUUUAGUUCACAAUUUGUACAUCUAGAAGAUUCUGAUAGUUCACCAGAAACACUAAUUUAUAAAGUCAUUGCUCCAAAGAAAAAAACAUUAAAUGGACACUUCAAAGUAGCUGAAAAUAUAGUUGAUACGUUUUCUCAUAGAGACGUUUUAGAAAAAAGGGUUUAUUACAUAGUUCAAGAACAGGUAAUGGAUGAUACCCGUUUUGAAAUAUUCUUAGAAGUAUCUGACGGCGUGAAAACUAGCCCAAUAGUAGCCUUACCAGUUUUAGUAAUGCCAUUACAAUUAAAAAUGGUCAAUAAUACAGGGCUUAUAAUGGCUCAUAGUUUAACAAUGAAAAUAAGCAAUUUUAAUCUAUCAUUUGAAGCGAAUUCAUUAAAUAACAGUUUUGAUAUACACUACAAUAUUAUUGUACAUCCACAAUCAGGCGUAAUAGAAAAAAAGAGAAUGAUAGAUGGAAGUUGGAACGAAGUUUCGUAUUUUACCAAUCGACAAUUACACACAGGUCAAAUACGUUAUAGACAUUCUAAUGGAUCUCCUAUUCAAGAUGAGUUCAAGUUCAUAGUCAAAUGUUUUUCAUACGUCUCCCAAAUAUAUGAUUUUAGAAUAAAAUUUGUUCAAUUUAUGCUAAAACCAAUUAAUACAGCACUUCUAAGCAUAAAAGGAGAAAAAAGAGUGGUUUUGACAUCUCAUAUAUUAAAGUAUCAAACCGUACCUGAAAAUAUUUUACCUGACUACAUUGUUUAUACAAUUAUUGUUCCAUCAAAAUAUGGGACUGUUAUUACAGCAUAUGAGAACAAACUUAAUUUCACUCAAAAAGAGAUCGAUGAUAACAAAGUAUCUUAUGAACUAUUACAAACCACUUACUCAGAUUUUGAAGACGAGAUUAAAUAUGUGGUCAACACUCCAAAAUGUUCUUCGAUUUAUGGAUCUCUAAUGGUACGAUAUAAAGUAAAUAACAGCUUGAAAUUAUCAAUAGUAGAUCAAAAUCAAGAAAAUAUACAACUUGUUGAAGGAGGUCGUUCAACAAUAUCUAGGAUAAACCUUCCUAUAGUUCUGCCUGAUUUUCCGUUUCUUUAUUUCAAAGUGACCACUUCUCCGAAUCAUGGUGUUAUUUGCAGAUAUACACAUAAAUUUAACGAAGAAAGUAUACAUAAAUUUACUUUGUCAAACUUGAAUUCAGGCGAAAUACAAUACUGUCAUGAUGACUCAGAAUCUCAAACCGACAAAUUUCAAUUAUUAAUUUACACAAAAAAUGAUUUGGAUUUUCAAUAUAUUGCAACAUUGAAAACUGACAUAAAGUUGAAAAACGAUAAUGAGCCAUUUAGAGUUUCGUAUAAGCCACUGCUUGUUGUCAGGGGUAAUGUUAAAGUUUUAUCAAAAGAUGUACUGCAGUAUAAUGAUAUAGAUAUAGAUACUACCUUUGACAUGCUUAUAUACAAAAAUGUGGUAGCAUCAAAUGGAUGGAUCUACAUUGGAAACGAAGAGUCAAACUAUUUUACUCAGGAACAAAUCAACUUAAAUAAAGUGUACUUUAAACAUAACAAAGAAUCAACAGAUCACGGAAACAUAACUUUCGUUAUUUCUGAUGGAUUAUAUGAAGAAAGUGCUUUUAUAGAAAUUGAAGCCAAUCGUCCAUUUAUAAACAUGAAAGAAACUGACGUAUUAGUAAAGGAAGAUACCAAUAUAACAUUAGAUGAUAAGGUCAUUAAAUUAAAUAUAAAUUUUGACACAAAUUCCGACUAUAUAAAAUAUGAGGUUAUAAUAGAUCCCAUGUUUGGAAAACUUUUUAAAAAAAAUCAACAGCAAUAUACUGAGAUGAAACAAUUUACUCAUACUGAUGUCGAAAAUAAGGUUUUAUAUUACAUCAAUCAUAACAAGUCAUCUCACGACUCGAUUAGAUUAUUAAUUAAACAUAAAGAACUGAAAUCGGAAGGUUCCAUCAACUUUAGAAUAUACCCAUCAAAUUACUGGAAUGAUUUAAAAGUUAAGCAUAACAAAACUUUGCAUAUGGAAGAAUUGAAACAAGUGAAUAUUACGAGGAAAGAGUUAGAAGUAUAUCACGAAAGUACAAAUGACCCAAAAGAAAUUGUCUAUGUGCUGAGAAAGCCACCUACUUUCGGUUAUUUGAAAUUAAAUUCAGUAACACUGGAUUCAAAAGAAUUCAAACAUUUUGACCAAAACGACGUGAAUCUUCAGCAGCUUAGCUAUGUUCAAACCGAUACUAAUGCAACGAGUGAUUAUUUUUGUGUGGAUGUUACAAAUGGAAUUACAUGGCUAAAAAACUUGAAAUUUUCAUUUGUUAUAGUAAGUUCCAACAUUAUAAUUACAACGAAACCUGUUAAGGUAAAAAAAGGUGAAACUGCUAUCAUUUCAAGCAAAAAUAUAUUCCCUCAAUCAAAAUAUUAUGAAUCGAAAAUACUCGAGUAUAUUGUAACAGACGGGCCUAUUUUUGGAAACCUGCUUAUGAAAAAUCGGUCGAAAGUACAAAAAUUUACAAGUGCUCAACUAAAAAAUAAAGAAAUUAUUUAUAAGCAUUAUGGGAAAAAUAAUGGUUCAGAUAGUUUGAGACUUGUUGCCAUGACUUCCACAAAAGAAAGUCUUCCAUUUUUGUUGGAGUUUGAUAUAACUACUUCAGAUGCUAACAGGCCGAUCCUCAUUAAAAAAAAUAAUUUAUCAUGUGCUAAAUAUGGGAGGGUAACAUUAACAAACGAACACCUGUUGGCAAUUGAUAAAGAAGGUUCUGACGAAGACCUGAUAUACAUGGUUACAUUUUUGGAAGGUGGAAAAUUACUUUCGGCGGAAAAGGAAGAAAAACUUUCCUUCACUCAACAUGAUUUAAACAAUAAAUUGAUUACUUAUAUUAAUUUAAAUCCUAGAGUGGAACAAAAGUUUAGGUUUUAUAUUACAAAUGGACAAUAUAACACGACUGAAGAAGAGUUAAAAAUUUUUAUAUCAACUAUGAAAACAAAGAGAAUAACCAACGUUCCAUUAAGUGUCUCUCCAUUAAGUUGGUCAAAAAUAACUGCUGAUAACAUUUAUUUCGAAUCUUUAACGCCUGACGACUUAGUCUUUUACAAGGUUCGAGUUUAUCCGAGCUUUGGUAAACUUAUAUAUAGAACAAAUGAUGGAAAAUUUGAAACAUUUUUGAACGAACUGUCUCAAUCUGAUAUAGAAAAUUCGAGAAUAAUGUACUACAAUACACAUCAACACGAAAGACUAAAUUAUAAUGAUUCAUUUUCAUUCAAUGUAAUUUCUUUUCAAGGAUUUACAAUGAAUGACCAAAAGUUUACUUUGAAAAUUUCUACUAUGAAUAUUUUAGCUUACAUAAAAUAUGAAACUGUAAGAGUCGAAGAAGGUUCCACUAUGAGAAUUAAUGUACAGUUUUCAGGUGCAUUAGAAUAUUUACGUCAAAAGACUGGAAUAUUAUCACAAAAUUUUUUUAUAAAAUGUUACGAUCCCCUUUUUGGUAAAAUUAAAUUACAUCCUGACUCUAAAUCCAGUAUUAAUUUUUUGACUCCUGAUGAUUUUUACAAAAAUCAUGUGUUUUAUGAACAUGAUCACUCUGAUACAACACAAGAUCGAAUCAUUAUGUCACUAUAUUUGACGAAUGGGCAUACAUUUUUGUGUGAUUUAACAAUACCGGUUUUGAUCUCACCUAUAAAUGACAAAACGUUCAAUUUAUUAACAAAGUUUCCUGAAAUGACGGUUGUAAAUGGUGAAAAUGGAACAAUUACACAUGAACAUCUUUUGACUCACGAUAUAGACACGACAUCAUCAAAUAUUAUUUAUGAAAUUAUAAGUUUUCCGGCUUUUGGCAAAAUCUUAAAAAAGAUUGACAGUUCAACAUGGACGCAAAUUAAAAGUUCCAAAAAUCAUUUUACUCAGAAAGACAUAAAUGAAGGACAUAUAAUGUAUUCGCAUAUUGGGCCCUCAAAACAAACAAGCUUUGAUUUCAAAGUAUGUGAUAGUAAACAUGAGCCAGUAAUCGCUACUUUUGUGAUUAAAAUAAUGGCAGUUUUAUUAGAUUGUAACAUAAAACGGAAAGACCUGUAUAUCACACAAGGUAUCACAAAGAAAAACAUAGCUUUUGAGAAUUUAAACAUACAUACGAAUAUUAACAAACAUAGAUUAAAUUUUAAUGUUACUUCAUCAGCACAGAGUGGAUUUUUACUAAAAGAAAAUACUACAGUUAGUCAUUUUAAUUUCGAAGAUGUCAUUUCGAAUCAAAUAUAUUUUGUCCAACACAAUUUAACAUACUACCAUGAUGUUUUAAAAAUAAUUGUGUACGUAUCGGAUGUAGAAAAUGUUUGUCACAUUAAUGUCAACAUCAAAGUAAAACCAUUUAUUUCGAUUGACUCAAUUGUACUCCUAUCGAAUGACGAAAAACGACUUAGUUUGAGAGUAGAGCAAAAAUCACAUUUACUGAGAACAGAUUCUAAUGUGCGAUUCAUUAUAAAAGUAAAACCAAAAUGGGGUUUUCUAACUAAUAUAUGGAUGUCUAAAGAAAGUAAAAAUGAAAAUACAUCUAUCAGUUCGUUUACUGCAGAACAAGUUGAAAAUGGUUUGAUUUACUAUAAACUAAAUAAAAACCAAGUUUUUCAUAACGAUACUAUCGACGAAAUUCAUUACUUAGUUAAAACGAAUCUAUCGGAACACACGGGAUUUGAUACGGUAUAUGUCCAAAUACCGAAAGUGCAACAAACAUUAAAUAUUACCGAUAACAGUAAUUCUAUAAACGUUAAGUUCAGCAGCUACAGUUUUACUGCAAUUAUAGUAAUAUCAGUUGUGGCAAUAUUUCUUAUAAUAUUAUUACUUCUUUCUAUCAAAGGCAUUCUGCACCACAAUAAAAAAAAGUCUAACCUUGUUCAUGAUGAGCCUCCGACACUGCCAUUUCCACCUGGAUAUUUAUACAAUAAUAUAAUGUCAAACUAUACAUCAAACAAUAGUUUAACUGUAAGCACUCAAAACGCACCAAUGAUAAGUGCUCUUCCAAACUGCAAGGUUAUCAGUCUAGCUAGUAGUCCUUUUGGUGAUUCUCAAAUAGAUGAUUUUGUUAAUUAUGAUGAGGACGAAGAUGAUAUGCCCAAAGAUUGGGAUUCUUUUAAAGAAAGUUUAUCCGAAUUAAACCAAACAUUGUACCAAAAUCCGUUAUUAAGAAGAAAUCAGUAUUGGGUUUAG